AUGGAUCCAUUUUCUAAGGAAACCUCUAUUAUUGCUGAAGAGCGUAGACUCGAUUGGAAGAAUUGGUUAGGUGCCAUUGAGGAUACUGGAGUUUUUGCAGUCCAAAAUGGUUUCGGUAAUAAUUAUUUUGCAGAUAUAGCUAUACCGUAUCAUGUGUGUGAGGGCAUGCCAAUAUACACAGUUAUGCCUAAGCGUAAUGAAUUUGUUCUUGUUCUUACUGGCACCAGUAGAAUUACGCCCGCAUAUACUCAUGAGCUAAUUGUUGAUGACAACGGCAAACAAUCUAAAAUUUUAACAAUGACGGGUUAUUAUCAGCAGGGAGAUUCUGGUAAUCUCAUAAUAACUUCUUCUCGCGAAUCGAAUAUUGAUUUUUUAAUCGAAUUAUUCGCCACUCAACCAGGCUCUAUUUGUCAUGACAAUCGAAAAUCUCGAGCAGUAUUGCUGUUAAUUCCAACGACCACAGCUUGUGCUAACGCAUUUAAGGUUAUUACUAGUAUUGCAUCUGUUAAAGAUAAGUUUGGAAAUGUUACAAAAUUCCAAGUCCGUGAUUGGACCGUCCUUGAUCGUUGGGGCGGAAAGAUCCAUGGCGUCGAGUCAAAGACCGGGCUUAAUCGUAAUCGUGUUGAGAUCAUGACCUAUGGUACCAUAAUGUUGCAUAACGCCGAUAUUCGUGUUUUAAAUGAUCUCGACUUUUACCGUUGGAAAGACUUCGGGCUUAAAGCAAAAAAUCAUAUUAAGAAAACGGUUAAGAAAAUAAAACAUUUUAAACCGUCUUACGCCUCGAAGGGUAUUACUGUAAGGUGCUGGCCAUAUUAUUCUAAAUUACUCACUCAACAACCUACAUACGAGAAUGAUAUGCUUAAGACAAAGAAGAUACAGGUCUGUACCAAUGCAGCUUCAGUCGGUAUAACUUUUCGUGCUGAUGUAAUAGUCGAUUCCGGUCGUCAAAAUUACUCAGUUUUUGAUCCGAAAAAUAAUGUUUAUCAAAUGAUGAUGGGUUGGGUUACUAAUGCGGAGGAAGCUCAACGGAUUGGUAAAAUUGGUCGUGUUCGUGAUGGCCUUGCAGUUUGA